GGCGGGACGAAGGGGGCGCGACUCCUUGUCCCCCGUCCAAGAUGGCUGCGUCCAUGGCGCGGCGUUUGGGGUCUUUGGUGGCUGGUUGGGGUCUUCGGCCCCGGAGAGGUUGCGUCUGCAGCCAUAACGCAAGGAGAACUUUUGCCACGGAGAGACGAGACCGGAACCUUCUGUACGAGCACGCGCGCGAGGGCUACAGUGCGCUCCCUCAGCUGGACAUGGAGUCGCUGUGCGCAUGCCCGGAAGACGCUGCACGCGCCCUGCAGCUCCGCAAGGGGGAGUUACGGCCGGAAGACCUGCCGGCGAUCAUCGCCACCUGGCAGGAGCUGAGGCAGCUGAGGGAGCAGAUCCGGAUUCUGGAGGAGGAGAAGGGGGCUGUGGCUGAGGCAGUCCGGGCCCUUCUGGUAAACCAGGACAACGGUCAAGUGCAGCAGGACCCCCAGUAUCAGAGCCUGCGGGCACGUGGCCGGGAGAUCCGCAAGCUGCUCAUGGUCCUGUACCCCAAGGAGACCCAGCUUGAGGAGGAUUUCUUCCUGCGGGCGCUGAGGCUGCCCAACCGGACCCACCCGGACGUGCCCGUCGGGGAUGAGAGCCAGGCCCGAGUGCUCCACGUGGUCGGAGACAAGCCAGCUUUCUCCUUCCAACCCCGGGGCCACCUGGAAAUCGCGGAGAAGCUCGACAUCAUCCGUCAGAAGCGCCUGUCCCACGUAUCCGGCCACCGCUCCUACUACCUCCGAGGGGCUGGAGCCCUCCUGCAGCACGGCCUAGUCAACUUCACACUCAACAAGCUCAUCCAGCGGGGCUUCACUCCCAUGACGGUGCCAGACCUUCUCCGAGGAGCUGUGUUUGAAGGCUGUGGGAUGACACCAAAUGCCAAUCCGUCCCAGAUUUACAACAUCGACCCCUCCCGUUUUGAAGACCUCAACCUGGCUGGGACAGCAGAGGUGGGACUGGCUGGCUACUUCAUGGACCACUCCGUGGCCUUCAGGGACCUGCCCAUCAGGAUGGUUUGUUCUAGUACCUGCUACCGGGCCGAGACAGACACAGGGAAGGAGCCACGGGGACUAUAUCGAGUACACCACUUCACCAAGGUGGAGAUGUUUGGGGUGACAGGCCCUGGGCUGGAGCAGAGCUCGCGGCUACUGGAGGAGUUCCUGUCCCUACAGAUGGAGAUCCUGACGGAGCUGGGCCUGCACUUCCGCGUCCUGGACAUGCCCACCCAGGAAUUGGGCCUUCCUGCCUACCGCAAGUUCGAUAUUGAGGCCUGGAUGCCAGGCCGCGGCCGCUUUGGUGAGGUCUCCAGCGCAUCCAAUUGCACGGACUUCCAGAGCCGCCGGCUUCACAUCAUGUUCCAGGAGGAGGCCGGGGAGCUGCAGUUCGCCCACACGGUGAACGCCACGGCCUGCGCUGUCCCCCGCCUCCUCAUCGCCCUCCUGGAAAGCAAUCAGCAGGAGGAUGGCUCUGUCCUCGUGCCCCCUGCCCUCCAGCCCUACCUUGGCACCGAGCGGAUCACGGCCCCCACUCAUGUGCCUCUUCAGUACAUCGGCCCCAACCAGCCCCAGAAGCCCAGGCACCUGAGCCGGCCUGUUUCAAGCUGAGGAGUCACCCUCAUCCGUCCGCAGGGCUGUGGCUACUUCCUGGAGCUCAGGGGACUCUGGAAGCCUCGGACCUAUUUUCCUGAGCACAUCCUGACAUCUGCAUUCUCUGUGUCAGCUCUGUGCCUGGGCCCCUUCCUUACUCCCCUACUUCCCCAGAAUCAGCCAGUGACCCUGUCGCCACUGAUGGUCCCAACCUGCACCAGAAAGCAGGACAGCCAGAGACUUGAAGGUUGUAGGGAUGGCGGGAGGAGAAGAAGCCUCCAACCUUUUAUCCUUCCCUCUGUCAGUACUUAGCAAAAGUCCCCAAUAAAUGGUCAGAACCAA